AUGCCAACCGUUUUCACUUCCCACGAGUUCCGCAGGUACUUAGACAUCGAUCAGCUGCCUCCCCCCUCGCCAGCCUAUGCUACCGCCCUCGGUCUCGAUCCAUCUCUUUCCGACGUCUCGCCGCUAUGCGCUUCGCUAGACGCACUGGCUGAAGUCGUGGCCGUCCGCCUUGGGACGUUCGGCGCCUUCAUAUCGCUCCAUGACGGCAUUACGCAUCGUCUCGUCGCCGGACACUGGUCUUCGACUUCGUGCAGCGAUGCACCGUGCUGGUUGGCAUCGAAAGACACGGACAAAGAUACAUGGCUCUGGCUAGCAAACCGGUCGCGCCAUUCGGACAAUGGUUACUUUGCUGUGCAGCUUGAUGAGGACAAGAAGACAGCAAGCCUUGGAUGCGUUACUAGCCACCCGCACUUGGCCUACUAUGCCGUCGUUCCCAUUGUGAGUCGGCAUGGCAUCGCCAUAGGCUCCGUUUUUAUCCUUGAUGUUGCACACCGGUCCAGCUCGAAACAGCAAGACGGCGAUUUGUUGCGUUCAACAGCCAGGAAAUGCAUGGCCCAGCUAGAGUCUGCACGCGCCGCUUACCUUCGCGACCGCGUCACAUCGAUCCACGACAAGCUCAAGGUCUUUGUGCGGUCGCGGCAGGUCAUCGCCCAGGUCAACGAGGAGCCUACAAACCGCGACCAUCGCAAUCCCUCCGACGAAGAGUCCGACAGCUCCGACGACGGCCACACACAUCCGAACAAGGACCUCGACGACAAGGCGAAGAACUUUGUCCGGUCUGAGCUCCAGCGCGAAAAGUCGGACGAAGAGGUCAACCUUCCUCGCUCUGCUCCACCGCAGUCCGGCCACGAAAAAACUUCGAACAGGAAUGAGGGCGGGACAACGUAUCGACAUGUGUUCUCGCGGGCGGCCGAGUCGCUACGGGCUGGGCUGGAUGUCGACGGCGUUGCCUUCUUGGAUGGCCUUGUCGGAUUUCACGGCUGCACCGUUCCCGUAGCAGAGCCGGAGACGGAGCUGGAGACGGAACUCGCUCAGUCGACCGACAAUUGCAGGAGAAUGAGUGCGGCUGCGGCACAGCCGGACCCUAUUCUUAAGCCCGACGGAUCGGAUAACGCAGAAAGGACCUUCACCAGCACCGGCUAUGAAAGACAGGUGCUGCUUCGUCGUCCGGCUGAAUGUCUGGGCAUCUCCGUCCACGAUGAACGAUGGCCAGUCUGGAUCAACAUCUCUCCGACCACGCUCGGCUUAAAGCACUUAGACGAAAGUCUCCUGCAGAGGCUCCUGGCGAAGUUUCCCAAUGGCAAAGUCUGGUAUUUUGACAACGAGAGUGGAAAGCCAUACACCUUCUCUGAUGACGACAGGCUCGUCGUCGCCGACGAUGACGAUGGCGAUGUCGACAAGCUGUCGGCUUCGUUUCCCGGUGUACGUCAGAUCCUCUUCGCACCUUUGACUGACCCGACAAGUCUCAAGCGACUGGCGGGAUGCGUCGCCUGGACAUCACGCAUGCGGCCAGUUUUCACCCAAUCCGCCGAUCUCCCGCUGUUCCGCACUUUUCUUUCCUCCGCCGAGUCUGAGAUCUCCAGGGUUGAUGCCAUUGCCGCUGUGAAACAACAGGAGGCUUUCGUGUCGUCCGUUAGCCACGAGCUUCGGACUCCUUUGCACGGCAUCCUCGGAGCAGUCGAAUUCCUCAGCGACACGACGCUCGAUGACUUUCAGCAGGGGCUGGCCGAAUCAAUACGCUGUUGUGGAGCAACACUUCACGAGACGCUCAGCAGUGUCCUCUCGUACGCCAAAAUCAACCAGUUUGAGCGGAGACGUAACAAGCCGGUGCAACGUGCUAUGAAAGAGUCGCCAUGGGCUUUGGAAGCCAAGGACGUCGGCCGUCCUGUUGAGGAAGCAGAGGGACUGUACUGUUCAACCAAUAUCGCCACCUUGUGCGAGGAGGUGGUUGACGUUACAUCCAGCGGCUACGCGUAUAACAAGUCCGCCAACAGCCUCGCCGAAAACUUGACCAUCAUUCUGGAUAUCGAUUACCGCAGGCACUGGAAUUUUCUGACUGAGCCCGCCGUUCUUCGCCGCAUUAUGACAAACAUUCUUGGAAACGCAUUGAAAUACACUUCCGCCGGCUUCGUGAAGGUUUCCCUGGCCGUAUGCCAAAUGGACGAGGAAGUAGGCGGUCCAAACCACCUUGAUGGCGUUGACCAGAAGAAAGCGAAGCUGCUCGAAAUUUGCGUCACCGACUCAGGCAAGGGUAUGUCUGAAGAAUUUCUGCAGAGGCGCCUGUUUGCCCCAUUUACCCAGGAGGAUGCGGUGGCGUCAGAGGGAGUUGGACUUGGUAUGUCCAUCGUCAAGAGCCUGGUUAGCCUGUUGGGCGGCAGAGUAAAUGUCAAGAGCAAACCGGGCGAGGGCAGCACAUUCAUCGUCAUCAUUCCGAUGGAAGAAGACCAAGAUCAUUCUCCGACCUCGACUCUCUCUGGAAUCCUUGCCGAUGCUGUUCCACACAUUCGUCAACGGCGUCGGACCGUCGCCUUCCGAGGAUUCCAUGAUAUGCUGCAAGAUUCCUUGGCCCGAUACUUUCGGGAGUGGUACCAGUGGGACGUACUGGAGGACGAACACGCCAGUGAUGCAGAUGUAGUAAUUGUCGACCAUGCUGCUUCUGCUUCUCCGGCUGCAAUGCCGGAACAUCCAAUCGCCAUAUCACUCCCCAUCAGACCUCCCUCGCCGAAUCACACAGACCUAGACCGCCAACCCUACCUCUUGAUCGUCGAAGACAACGAAGUCAACCUCAAGCUCCUCAAGACUUUCCUCGUCAAGCGCGGCCACAACGACCUGAAAACGGCAGCAAACGGCCAGCUCGCUGUCGACGAAGUGAUGAGGCUGAGCGAGGAAAGUCGAGCGUUCGACAUCAUCUUCAUGGACAUCAGCAUGCCCGUCAUGGACGGCUUCCAAGCCACCAUCGCCAUCCGCAGCCUCGAACGUGAAUACCGUGGCGGCGCGCGCCCGCCUCUCGCCGCCGCUUGCCCACCAGCGUACAUCAUCGCCCUUACAGGUCUUGCCAGCGCCCGUGACAGGAAGCGCGCGUACCAGGCUGGGGUGGAUCUGGUUCUGACGAAACCGGUCAAGUUUGCUGAGUUAUCGAAGGUGCUGGAGAAGUGGAAGAAGGGGGCGUUGGAUAGGGUGGAGGAGGAAGAGGGGCAGGAAGAGGAGGAUGGGGUGGGGGAAGAGGAGGGUCGGGGUUUUUAG